GGUCCUGCUCCACGGUGAAUCAGAAAACCAUUUCUUCUGAUUUAAGUCGCAGCUUCAGAGUUGCGUAACACAACUCACUGUGGGUGCGCAAGCAGAAAUGUGCCAGCGUGCUUUGAGAGUGACAAAGCCCAGCCCUCCCACCUCCCACUGAAGUCAGAUGAGAUCUUUAUUAGUUAGUGUUGCUAAAUACCAUACAUCAAUAUUUAUGUUGGCCUGCAAGAGUCCCCCUGGAAAAGAUGAAUUAGCAUUAAAGCUUUUUGCAAUGCAAGGGGGAAAGAAAAUGUCAUUGCAUCAAAGCUCAAUACACUGGGAAAGUGAGACAGUUCAUCUUGUCUCCAAGGUGUUCAAAGGGCCCCUUCCCAGCCCAGCUCCCUAGGUACUCUUGCGUGUUUGGAUUUCAACUCGGCCCAAAGCAGUGACUGCAGCAUUUCCCCCUUUUUUGAUGCUUUGUUUAGCCAUGUCUCCUGUGCUUUGAAGCCUCCUCUUCCACUUGACGUGCUUUACGCCAUGAUUCAUUGCAGAGAGCUGAUUCCAGCAAAUGCCCUUUCUCUUUUCAGAACGAACCCAGUUCUUAGACAAUGAAAAGGCCUGCUUCUAUUGGAUUCCUCACCCACCAUACACACAAAGAACCAUUCAUUUGAGGUAGACACAUGUCCACAAGGAGUUCUCUUUUGUCCCGUCGGACCCUGAUGCUUUUGGGAAUGAGCACCUGUGGCAGAAAGGCCCUGACUCUGCUUAGCAGCGUGUUUGCCGUGUGCGGAUUGGGACUCCUGGGGAUUGCUGUGAGCACGGACUACUGGCUAUAUCUGGAGGAAGGGAUUAUCCUGCCCCAAAACCAGAGUGCGGAAAUCAAGAUGUCUCUGCACUCUGGCCUCUGGAGGGUUUGCUUUUUGGCAGGUGAAGAACGUGGGAGGUGCUUCACGAUAGAAUACGUCAUGCCAAUGAAUGUCCAGCUGACAUCUGAAUCAACAGUCAGUGUUUUAAAGAUGAUUCGUUCUGCCACCCCAUUUCCCUUGGUCAGCCUAUUCUUCAUGUUUAUCGGGUUCAUUCUCAGCAACAUAGGGCAUAUUCGACCUCACAGAACCAUCCUGGCCUUCGUAUCUGGGAUCUUCUUCAUUCUGUCCGGUUUAUCUCUGGUUGUGGGGCUCGUUCUGUACAUUUCCAGCAUCAACGAUGAGAUGCUCAACAGAACCAAGGACUCAGAGACUUACUUCACGUAUAGAUAUGGAUGGUCGUUUGCUUUUUCCGCCAUCUCUUUUCUCCUGACAGAGAGUGCAGGUGUCAUGUCUGUCUACCUGUUCAUGAAGAGAUAUACCGCAGAGGAGAUGUACAGGCCUCAUCCCGGCUUCUACCGCCCACGGCUUAGCAACUGCUCUGACUACUCUGGCCAGUUCCUCCACCCGGAUGCCUGGGUUCGUGGACGCAGCCCUUCCGACAUCUCCAGCGAUGCAUCUCUCCAGAUGAACAGUAGUUACCCUGCUCUACUGAAAUGUCCAGAUUAUGACCAGAUGUCGUCCUCUCCAUGUUGAAUCGAAAGUAACUCCUUCGCCUUUUAGGAAUGAAAACCUGGUGGAGGCUGUUAUGUCCUCAAAAUGUACUUUUUUAAAAAUAAUAAUAAAAAGCCCACUCUUACAGGACAAUCCCUCUCUAUUUAUACAAUUAGUGAAUAAUAUCAAUUCUUACCUAGAGAUAAAACGGGUUCCCACAGCGAUGCACAUAUGCAUAUCCAGAAAACUACAGUGGAGGUUUUGAUCCUGCAGCUGGUCCAUAUGCCCAGAUCUCUUGGAGUCGUGAGAGAGUGUGGAAAAGAUACAGGAUUGUACCCAGCGGAAGCUUGAGACCAGAAAGAUACUUGUAGGGUUUUCGUAAAGGCAACCUGUGAUAAGCAACAAAAGGUUUGCGGAUUAGAAUAUGUUCAUUGUAAAACAUUACCAGAAUAAGAUGUAAAUGUACAUUCCUAGUGAAUGAUCGUUAGAAAACUGCAGAAUGUGCCAUUGUCUUCAAGCUGGAAGGUAGAAUUUUAGAAUUAACUAAAAGUACUUCCUCUUGGCAGUAUUUCAUUAUGAAAUGAGGUUGGGGGUUUUCAUUAGGAACCAGACAAUUAGCCCUCACCAGUGAUCCCUUUCCAUUCUGGUGAGGCUAGUCCUCAAUCCAAUUUGAUAACUUCAUGACAAACCCUCUGACAUUGCAGGUCAACACAUUGAAAUAAGGUGCCUGGUGUGUGCACCUGUAAACACAAUCUAUUCUUCUGAUAUCAGACUGAAAAUAUAGGCUCUGAAGUAAUAAUGGAUCCAAAUAUAAUUUGGCUCAUAAUACGUGGUCUUAGAACUGAGUGAAUAGCGGAUAUGAUAAUUUAUGCCCUGCAAAAACCAAGCCCAAAGGCUUCAUUCCAUCAAUCGGCUUUAGUUUAUUUUGCUAUUUUCCUUUCUUUGGGAAACCCAUUGCAAUGGAAGUGCUUGUAUUAUCACUGGCACCUCAGGGGAUUGAUUGGGUCAUGUUGGCAUUCAGCUUUCCCUGUAAAUAAAGUAUACAGAAAAGAAAAGUUCAUAUCUGUAUGUUGUACCAUGUGUAUAUUAUGGCUAGAUUGUUCAGAGAACUGCAAUCAAAUGUACAGAAUACAGUAAGCUGAUUGGCUGCUCUGAAAAACGUAAGUGUACAAAAUUCUAUGUACAUGCCAGUUUUUGUUUCCACUCUGAAGUUAUCUUGAGUUGUAAUCAAAAAGAAGUAAACAAAAUCCAGACUUUCAGUCUGUUUGCAACAUAUUUGUAAAAAUUAAUUAUGGUAAAAAAAUAAAACAAUGACAAAG